UGUGGCGCGCGGGGAUGCGGCCCAUGGAGGAGGCCGGAGUGAUCCAGCGGCUGGCGCCCAAGCUGGGCAUCGCUGCGCCCGGAGUGCUCAGAAAAGCAGAAGAAUAUCUGCGACUGUCCCAGGUGAAGUGCACAGGCUUAUUGGCUCAGAUGACAGCAACAAGCAAUGCGGUGAUGUGCCUGGACCUAGCAGCUGGCUAUAUGCAACACCCAGUGGACAAAAGCUACUUAGUUAAACUCUCCGGUUUGAACAAGAGGACUUACCAGAGCUGUAUGAAGUCUUUUGAGUGUUUGCUAGGUUUGAACUCCAAUCUGGGAAUCCGAGAUUUGGCUGUACAGUUCUGCUGCACCGAGGCAGUGAACACCGCUUCAAAAAUAUUACAAAGGUAUGAAUCCAGUCUCUCUGAAAUGCAGCAGAUGGAUCUUGAUUUAUCAAAACCCUUGUUCACAACAGCAGCAUUGUUCACAGCCUGCAGGUGCUUGAAACUAAAAGUGGAUAAGAAGAAAAUGGUGGAUACCUCUGGGGUGAAGAAGGCAAUAUUCGAUCGGCUCUGCAGCCAGCUGGAGACAAUUGGCCAGCAGAUCAGCAGAGACUGUGCUUCACUGACUCCUCAGCCAACCCAAAGCCAGAAGACCUUGCUUGAAUGCAUUGAAAAGGAAGAGAAUCAUGAAGAUGAAGUUGAGACCCCUCGCAAGCGGCAGAAAAGUGAAACCGAAGCAAAACAAGAUUAUGAAGAAUGGAAAAAGAGAAUCCUGGAAAAUGCUGCUAAGGCAAAAAUGGGCCAAUGUCUGACUUCAGUCUCUGGAGUGCCACCGAGCAAUGUCACUACCUCUGGUUUGUAAUUUUAAAUCCCCCUUCACACUAGUGCAACUUAGUAGCAUGUGAAUUUAUGGAUGGUAACCAGCCAUUCUUAUUUAUUUGACUGGCAAGAUUUUAAAUUGUUAAAGCCUCUCAUUUUACUAAGUGGGACCAGCAUUAUGGUGACACACUAUUACUACACAGUUGACCCAAGUUUGAAAGUUGACCCUGUGAUGCCUCCCCCUCGGACCAGUGCAGACCUCAGCUCUAGGACAUGGAGUAGCCUUGCUACUUUUAAGCAACAAACAGGCCAAAUAAUGGUGCAGUAUUAAGUAACCUCUGAGAAGGUUGCACACUCUUGUGUUCCGAACUGAAGCUUCAGUCAUGGUUACUAAGGUCUAUGGAAAGGUCCAUCCAUGAGGAAACCACUUGUGUCAUCGGCAAAACAAAAGUGAGGAAUUCAGACUGUUAAAACUUUUUUAUAGCCAUAAUAUCUGAUUAAAUAAAUUUUCUACUGUGUAUGUGGGACCUAAAUGUUUUUAGAGAGCAAUAAAGAUUCUUUUUCCUAUAUCUGGAUCUUUAGUUUAAGAAUUUGCAUAUGGUCCUAGGGUUGCUUCGGUGACCUCUUAUCACUUUUAUUGUAUAAAUACCAUCAGGAUCAAAAUCUAAAUGGGUU